AUGGUUGCAGAAACAGAGAAAUCACCUAUACAAUUAGAUGUUUUGAAUUCAUUCCACGGAGCGAAUUAUAUCACUACCUUUGACUUAAAUAAUGCAUAUUUUCAAAUUCCGAUAAAUAAAUAUGGUAGAAAAUACACUGGUUUCACAUUCAAUGGAAAGUCAUAUGUAUAUAAUGUUCUGCCGCAAGGAUUAAAAACAUCAGUAGAAAGCUUUAGCAGAGUCAUGAAUUUAAUAUUAGAACCAGAAGUCCAAGAAUUUUGUGUGAACUAUUUAGAUGAUCUAGCCAUUAUAACAACAGGAACGUUAGAUAAACAUUUGGAGCACAUUGAUAUUGUUUUAAGUAAAUUGAACAAAGCUGGCUUAACGUGCAACUUGCAGAAAUGUGAAUUUAUUUGUAAAGAAAUUAAAAUGCUGGGUUUUAUAAUUUCAACAGAAGGCAUAAAGACAGAUCCCGAUAAGAUUCGAGCGAUCUAA